AUGUCCAAGUGCGUCCACAAGGGUUGCGGAAAGGUCUUCACCGAUCCCGAAGAGCCAUGCGUCUAUCAUCCUGGACCACCGGUCUUUCAUGAAGGUCAAAAGGGCUGGAAAUGUUGCAAGCCCCGCGUUCUCACCUUCGAUGAAUUCCUCGAAAUCCCACCUUGUACUACCGGCAAGCAUUCGACUGUCGACGAUACCCCAGUCGAACCCCCCAAGAACGCAAACUCAGCUGCAGCUGAACUAGUCGCACCUCAGCCGGUAACUGCACCUGUCGCAGAUAGCGGGGUACCACGGCCGACAUACUCGCCCGCCAUUGCCCCUCCGUCGAACGCAGCUACGCCCGCCCCCGAAGAAUCAGAGUCCGAUGAUCCAUCUCUUGAGAUCCCAGCGAAUGCCACAUGCCGUCGGAAGGGAUGCGGUGCAAACUACAACUCGUCCGUGUUGCGGGAGGAGGAGAAAUGUGUCCAUCACCCUGGACAGCCAAUUUUCCAUGAGGGUAGCAAAGGAUGGUCAUGCUGCAAGAAGAGAGUUCUGGAUUUCGACGAUUUCCUGAAGAUCGAAGGCUGCAAGGAGAAAAAGAAGCAUCUUUUUGUCGGACAGGGCAAGCCGGCAGGUGAAGAGAAGGUUGAGAGUGUCAGAAACGACUUUUACCAAACCCCACACUCGGUCAAUGUCUCGUUGUACCUUAAGAAGAUCGACAAGAACCAGGCUAAGGUCGAGUUCUCUGAGAAGUCGAUCGAUCUGGAUCUCCCCACUACCGAUAACAAGCGGUACAAAGAUACAUAUCAGCUAUUUGCGCCGAUUGACCCCGCAAAAUGCCAGUUCAAGGUGCUGGGUACUAAACUGGAAUUGACGCUGGUAAAGGCUGACGGGACGAGCUGGCCAGUCUUGCGCAGCGAUGAUAAAUGGAGUGGUGAGAGGAUUCAAAUUGGACAGGCCGGACGGGCCUGA